AUGUUGAGAAGAAGAAUGAGUAAAUUAAAUAAUUCAUUCGUGUGGGGUAUAUUCUUUGCGUCGGCGACUUGGAGUAUAUCGCUCUAUUUAUACUGGUUGUUGAAUUUGAAUGGGGACAACACAAUUAAUAGUACAGAAAACCGCCUAAGCUAUCGGUUCGUGAAUACGGACCAGAAGAACGAAUUGAAAAACAAUGAUCGAUCUAUUGCAACUUUGGAGGGAAAGAAUCUCCUCUUGGAUAAUGCAAAUGUUAAUGAAAAAUUUUCUGGCAACAUGUGGAAAUACCAGAAAAGUAAAUCUGAUUACUACAGUAAGAUGAAGUUGAAAGAAAAGUAUGCUAAACACCUCGGUCUGAAGAUGACUGCGCAACCAGACAAUGCACUGGAUAAUCAGUUUGGAUUGAUUCGAAAUGCUGAAGAUGUGAGGAUUCGUGAUAGUGGCUACAGUGUGCACGCUUUCAACACAUUGAUCUCGCAGCGAAUUGGGAAUCACAGAGGUUUACCUGAUACCAGGAACAAACUGUGUCGUAUCCAAAAAUAUUCGGAGAAACUGCCGAAAACCUCCGUCAUUAUUUGCUUCUUUAAUGAACACUACCAGACUCUGAUGAGGUCGGUGCACUCUAUACUGGACCGCACUGAUAUGAAAUACCUCAAAGAGAUAAUACUCGUCGAUGACUAUAGUGACUUAGAUGGCUUACACGAUGCCGUCCAGAAGUCAGUCAAUGAACUCAACAACAGAAUGCGCAAGGAAGAGGAAAUGAUCGAAACCAAUAACAUUGAUGUGGAGAGUGUCGUGGACUAUAUUAAUGAUGAUAAUGUUGUGGAUAAGAAAACGACUGAGAGGAAUAAAGAUAUUUUAAGCAUAAGGCUGCUGAAGACUAGCAAGAGGGAAGGUCUAAUACGAGCUAGGCUGUAUGGUGCUGAAAACAGUGUGGGCGAAGUUCUUGUAUUCCUGGAUUCUCAUAUAGAGGUGAACAUUGAUUGGCUGCCUCCCAUGCUGGCACGUCUGGCGGAGGGAGUAGACAAAGAAACGAGGUUCUCUCACCGUGCGGUCACUCCGGUCAUCGAUGUCAUCAACGCAGAUACAUUUGAAUACACGGCUAGUCCUUUAGUCCGCGGAGGUUUUAACUGGGGCCUGCAUUUCAAAUGGGAUAAUUUACCAAAAGGAACGCUCAAAACUGACGAAGAUUUUGUGAAGCCAAUAAAGUCACCGACCAUGGCUGGUGGUCUGUUUGCAAUUUAUCGUGAAUAUUUUAACUACAUCGGCAAGUAUGACGAGGGCAUGAAUGUUUGGGGCGGUGAGAACUUGGAGAUAUCGUUCCGGAUAUGGAUGUGCGGCGGUUCUUUGGAGCUCAUACCUUGUAGUAGGGUUGGCCAUGUGUUCCGUAAACGUCGACCCUAUGGCACUGGAGAUAAGGAAGACUUCAUGUUACAUAACUCGAUGCGGAUGGCUCGAGUCUGGAUGGACGAUUAUGUGAACAAGGUGAUCGAGCAUAACCCGUCGGCGGCUAACCUGGACCUUGGUGACUUAACAUCUCGUCACGACUUGCGCAAGAACCUGAGCUGCAAGUCUUUCAAGUGGUACUUGGAGAAUAUUUACCCUGAACUGGAAACUGGUGAGAAUGAAGUGGUAAAGAAGAGAAUAGCUGAUCUCAAUGAUGUAGAGAAGAAUAAGUUCCAGCCAUGGCAUUCCAGGAAACGCAAUUACACUGAUUCAUACCAAAUUAGACUGAAGAACACUUCGUUAUGUAUCCAGAGCGAAAAGGACGUAAAGACCAAAGGAGGAGGAUUGGUUCUCGGAAGCUGCAUAAGGAUCUUGAACCAGAUGUGGUUUGAAACGAGUCGCUUCGAGUUGGUACUAGGACGCACGCUAUGUUUGGACGCAUCCAACAAUGUUGCACCGAAACUGAGCAAAUGCCAUGAACUUGGCGGCUCACAGGAGUGGAAACAUAAGGGAUCCCCUGCAUACCGCCAUGUGGAUUUCAUUAGGAAUAUAAAAAAUUGGAGCUUUAGAGCUCUGCGCAAGCAGCUGCGGAUGGGUAACAUUCUCUGUUUCGACGUAUUUCGAAAUUUGGUCCUGAGUCAUGGAAGGUGUAACAAUCCACCAUCCGCCAAGGAGUGGGAUAAGAUGUUUGGAGCUGGAGGCAGUCCUAUAUACAACACUGCGGCAGGUAUGUGUUUAGGAGUCGACCGAGCGAGUCGUGGCGAGCCUCUCAUUAUGGUGAUCUGUGACAACCAACCAACGAACCAAUGGGACUUCAUUAGAACUUAA